GACAGCCUCUCCCAGUGACGUUUCGGGGUCCUCGCAAAUCCACAACAGUCAUGGCGGCUCCCAUGAGCAGGUGGCUAGGCUGCGUAGCUGGCAUAGGUGGAAGAUUUUACAGUCAUCUGCAGAGGACACAAAAAUAUUCCACAGUGACACAGACACUUUAUCCGUUUGCUGCAAAGAAGAAACUUCAGCUGGCACCCAAAAUUUUUCAAAAUCCAGUCCGAUGCAUGUUCAUCCAAACACAAGAAACUCCAAACCCAAACAGUGUCAAAUUUAUCCCUGGUAGAGCUGUGCUAGAUGGGGGAACCAUGGACUUCCCAAACCGUGCUGCUGCAUUUUGUUCACCUUUGGCCAGACACCUUUUCAGAAUAGAGGGAGUAAAAGGUGUUUUCUUUGGGCCAGAUUUCGUCACGAUCACAAAGGAGAGUGAAGAAAUAGACUGGAAUUUGAUUAAACCCGAUAUUUACGCAACCCUUAUGGAUUUCUUCUCGUCUGGCUUGCCCGUAGUAACAGAGGAUGCUCCCCGCAGUGACUCAGCUGUUACAGAAGAUGAUGACGAAGUGGUGGCAAUGAUUAAAGAACUUCUAGAUACCAGAAUCCGGCCCACAGUCCAGGAGGACGGCGGAGAUGUUUUGUACCGAGGGUUUCAGGAUGGCAUCGUUCAGCUGAAGCUGCAGGGAUCCUGCACGAGCUGCCCCAGUUCUAUUAUCACUCUGAAAAGCGGCAUCCAGAACAUGCUGCAAUUCUACAUCCCAGAAGUAGAAGGAGUAGAACAGGUAACUGAUGAUGAUGAAGAGGAAACUGGGAAUGAAAUCAACUCUCCCUGACAUUACCGGGCUUAAAUCUAGGUGUUGCACACAAUAUGUCUGUCAAAAGACCUUAACUGCAGUGUCGGUGUCAAUGCAAGGGACGAAUCUGCAUCCUUAAAAA